GGCGCUUGACAUUUGUCACGUGACAUUCAAAAUGGCGGCGCCCAUGUUUAAUUUCAACGUUGGAGUAUUAGGACACGUUGACAGCGGUAAAACGAGCUUGUCAAAAGCUCUUAGCACGACUGCAAGUACUGCUUGCUUUGAUAAGAACCCACAAAGCAAAGAAAGAGGCAUCACUCUUGAUUUGGGGUUUUCUUCCUUUCAAUUAGAUCUCCCCACCCACCUGUCAAAAGAUGGUGACAGUGGUAAAAUUCAGUACACGCUUGUAGACUGUCCAGGACAUGCAUCUCUCAUCAAGACAAUCAUUGGAGGUGCCCAGAUCAUUGACCUGAUGCUUCUUGUUGUUGAUGUUAUCAAAGGAGUUCAAACACAGACAGCUGAGUGCCUUGUUAUAGGGGAAAUAACAUGUGAGAAAAUGAUUGUUGUACUCAACAAAGUGGACCUCGUUCCUCCAGAGAAGAAAGAAGCUACCCUUGACAAGAUGCGAAAAAGGCUGUUGAAGACUUUGGAAGGCACAAGGUUUGCUGGAAGUCCUAUUGUUGCAGUUGCUGCCAAGCCUGGAGGGCCAGAAGCAGAUGGUACCGAGACCCUAGGUCUGCAGGAUCUGGUUGAGACGCUAAAGCAAAACACAUACACACCCAAGAGAGAUGCCCAGGGCCCAUUCAUAUUCUCCGUGGAUCACUGCUUCUCUAUACGAGGACAGGGCACAAUCAUGACAGGAACAGCCCUAAACGGGGGUGUUGCCAUUAAUGAUAUGAUAGAAAUCCCGUCCAUGAAAGUUACAAAGAAAGUGAAAUCCAUUCAGAUGUUCAGAAAACCAGUAGAUAAAAUAGUUCAGGGUGACCGUGCAGGACUGUGUGUAACCCAGUUUGACCCCAGCCAGCUGGAACGGGGCUCCAUAUGUACUCCUGGGGCACUACCCUCAAUUCAAGCAGCUAUUAUCUCCAUGGUGAAAAUACCCUAUUACAAGGGCAGUAUUUCUUCAAAGGCAAAGUUUCAUAUGACGACAGGUCACGACACAGUUAUGGGGCGGUUAACAGUCUUCGGUUUCUAUGGCAACAGUGUGGAAGCUGUGGGUGUUAGCGGUUUAAAACUUGACGCAACAACAAAAUUUGACAUGAGCAAAGAGUAUGUUUACCAAGAUGAACUAGUUGCAAAAAAUUUGAGGUCACAAGCCGGAGAUAGUGGGGCAGCCAAUGAAAUUCCAGAUAAACAGUUUGCCCUUGUUCAGUUCGAAAAACCAGUGAUUUGUCAAAAUGAUGCUUUGAUUAUUGGAUCGAAACUCGACACAGACAUCCAUGCGAAUGUUUGCCGAAUUGCGUUCCAUGGGGAAUUGCUAGUCGGAAUGACCGAUCCCAAGUAUGCUGAGACUGUAUUGCCACAAGUGAAGGUAUACAAGACGAAAAUGAAGGACGGAUUAGUGGAGAGAGUGAUGGAUGAGUACACGGUGAUUGGAAAGAAUAUGUUCAAGAAAGAAACCAACUUGGCCACGUUUACUGGUCUGAAGGUUCAGCUUUCUACCGGACAUGAUGGCGUUAUAGAAGGAGGGUUUGGCCAAAGUGGGAAAAUCAAGAUCAGAAUACCUGCUGGGCUUCCUCAAGAUCUUGUCAAGAAGUAUUCAGGUGGGAAAAAGAGAUCAAAGGGAAAAACUGAUGAAUCAUCCAAUCAGGAGGAAGAUGCCAGUGAUAAGGAACCAAUCAAAAUCUUCCUUACAUUUAAAAGAUUUAUAUUUGACCCAGAGAAAAAAAUGAAGCAGACGUGAUGAAACAUUUAUUUAGAAAUGUUUGUGAUAAAAGAUAUAUUAAAGUUGGUAAUUUU